CCCCCCGUUCAAAGCUUGCAGUGCUUCGACUUCGAAUUUGAGGAAGCCGAGCGUCAUGUCGAGGCCAUCAAACGUCGGUUUCCAGUGUUGGAAAAUCCGAGCAUUGCUCCUUCGCGUGUUUUUGCUCGUGUGUGCGAAUCAUGCAUGCAACCGUCCAGUAAGUGGUUUUGUGCUGGCAGACUCCGUCAAAGCCAUUCACGUCUCAGUAAGUCCCAAUACAACUCGACUGAGUGUGCUCGGAGACGCAGCAUCCGUUGCAGGCAUUCCGACCUCGGUGUCUCUCGUUGUCAGGCUAGUGUAUUCAAACGGAAGCAGCAGUGAAGAUGUGAGCUCACACAACGACACGACAUUUAGCGUGAGCGAUAACAGAAUACUGCAGGUCUUGAAAAGACAAAGAGGAAGUGCGAGUGAUGUGGUGGUCGAGUCUAAAAUCCUGACGGCAGGUUUGAGCGUUGUAACGGUAAGGCACACAUUGUUGUCUGUUCAUAGCAAUAUCACCUUCUCAGUAGUAGAGGCAACAUCACUGUCUCUACGAAUCACCCCAUACCCUGAGUAUCCCGGUUCAACCAAUGUUGAUGCAUCUAAUCUAAAUGUUAUUGGUCAUACAAACAAACAACAGCAAGGACGACUUUGGACAACAAUGUCGUUAAGUGACAACACAACACUGGACAUCUCGCAAAGCAGUAAUCUCCAAUACACCCUAACCAGUACACCAACCUCUCUUGCUAAAAUUCAGAAGCUUUCAGCUUUUCAUAUUCUCAAUACCCACAAGUUAAGUAUUGAUUAUGCAAACAUCUCAGUAACACUGAAGGGCAGUGCUGACGUUCCCCACAGUCCAUUGACCGUUGAAUUUGCAAACAAUACUCUCUCAGUCUGUGCAAUAUUUGAUCACAGCGUUGUGUCCUCAUCAUAUUCACCACACGUUGUAUAUCACAUGCCAGGUAUAAAUGCUAUUACUCUCCAUGGCUUGCCGACUCAGGCAGCCGCAUCUUUUGAUGGCGGCAUGAUUUUGUCAGAUGGCACAGUACACUACGCCGUCAAAAAGGGAAUUACACUUCGCAAUACUGUGAAUGUCACCAGUGAAAAUGAGAACAUUGCAUACAUCCGUAGUCUUAAUGGGUAUACACUUCUAAGGGCAAACCAUCACAGUGCAGUCCGUGUGUCAUUUUCUUCCAGUCUGAAUGGGAUAACAGCUGUACCACGCCAUACCUAUAUCUAUGCUAACCUUGAUCCACAACCGGGUGAUGUAGAUAUCGGAUCUCGGUACGGUGCUCCAUUGCCAGCUGUCGAGAACGGUACAAACUUCUCAUUUCCUAUGACUGUCAAUGCGUUCGGUCAUGUUCUUGGCAUGGUUGAUCUGACAUUGCAUUAUGAUGAGUCAAUGACACUCGUACUGGCUACUGACCCUGUAGAACCCUUAAAAACGGAUACAUCAACUCCUGGGGAAGUCCGAAUUAACGGAACCUUUUCUUCGCAUGGCAGAGUAGGAAGUCGAGUACAAUUGAGCAGUUUCACCUUCAUGGCUGUGAGCUCUGGUGUUGCAAAGUUCAGUGUAUUUAUUACUAAACUUGACAAAAAUUUAGGCGACUCAGUCGGCUCUCUUAAUGGCAGGACAUCAGUUGCUUCAGACGUGUCUAUGGUGAUUGGACAAAAACCAGUCCUAGCCCCGUUGCCUGCAAAUAAUGCACAGGGAUUUAUUUCGAGCAGCAGCUCAAAGUUUGUCAUGGACAACAUCUCAACAUUAGUAAUUCCAGAGGACACUAAAACUCCGUUUGUGUUGAUGGAGUUCAAUACAACUCAACCAUGGUGUUAUUCCAAAUUCUUAAAAUUCUCCAUUUUCUCCGGUAACAGCAUUCCACCUACGUUCAAUAUUCAUCCGGCCACUGGGCAACUUUCAGUCAUCAGAAAUUUCGACCAUAGGCAUAUCAACUUUUUCAACAUCACCAUCAAUGUUUUAGACACUUUGACACCCAAACUUGUCAAUCAGGUUCAGCUCAAGAAUAUAACUGUUCUGAAAGCAAAUACUCCACCUAAAUUUCCUCCUGGAAACCUAUAUAAUUUGACAGUUUCAAAGUAUGCCAUGGCUCCUCUAAAACUUCUCGAACUGAAUGCAACUGAUGAUGACGAUAUGGCAAGUCCGAAUGGUUUCUUGAGCCACAGAAUUGUUUCGGGUAACGAAAGUGGGAAGUUUGUAAUCAAUGUCACAUCCGGUACUCUUUCACUCGUGAGGAGUCUCAUUUCCGAAUCUGACAAUACAGUUUACCUUCUGGUUAUUGAAGUCAGGGACCAUGGCCUGUUUCCUAAUUCAGUGAAUGCGACAGUGACAAUUCGUGUGGUUGACGUACAAAUGCUACUUUCUACAAUGUCUGGUGUAAAGAGACUUAGCAUACAGAAAGGCUCUGCAGCAAGUGCUGGCGUGGUGUCAGAUGUAGCGCUAACUGCUAACUUGGUUUUCGCUGAUGGUCGAAUAGUGGAUUGCACAGUGCAGACUUCAACAAGAUUUUCUCUCAAUCCCCUUUCUAAUGUGCUAUCAAUAGCGAGGUCUCCCACAACUCUUGUUCUCAGGUCUCAGGAUAUUGUUGGCAAUUCCACAGUCAGAGUUUACAACUCGCAAUACUUUCUAGAAAAUUCUACAUUAUUCUCGGUAGUAGAGGCAACAUCACUGUCUCUACGAAUCACCCCAUACCCUGAGUAUCCCGGUUCAACCAACGUUGAUGCAUCUAAUCUGGAUGUUAUUGGUCAUACUGGUGGUGAACAACAGCAAGGACGACUUUGGACAACAAUGUCGUUAAGUGACAACACAUCACUGGACAUCUCGCAAAGCAGUAAUCUCCAAUACACCCUAACCAGUACACCAACCUCUCUUGCUAGAACUCAGAAGCCAUCAAAGAAAGAUUUUUAUAUCCUCAAUCGAAACCCAUCGUGUUCCUCCACCUCCAGAUGUGGUAUAGGCUCUGUGAACAUCUCAGUAACACUGAAUAGCAGCAAAUCUGAAGUUCCUCACAGUCCACUGACCGUUCAAUUUGCAAACGAUACUCUCUCCGUCUGUUCCAUAUUUAAUCACACAAUUGAACCCACUUUGUCUUCACUGCACACGACGUCGCAAAUGCCUUGGGUCAAUGCUGUUUCUCUCAGAGGCUUGAACAAUAUGACUGCUGCAAUUGCAGAUUGUAGUGUGAUUUUGUCAGAUGGCACAAUUAUAUAUGACACCAAACAGAUAGGAAAUCUCACAGCUGCAGUGAAUAUCACCAGUGAAAAUGAGAACAUUGUAUUCAUCAACAAUCUUAAUGGGUAUACACUUCUAAGGAGAAACCAUCACAGUGCAGUCCGUGUGUCAUUUUCUUCCAGUCUGAAUGGGAUAACAGCUGUAUCACAACAUUCCUAUAUCUAUGCUAACCUUGAUCCAGAACGAGGUGAUGUAGACAUCGGUUCUCAGAAUGGCGUUCCAUUGCCAGCUGUCCAGAACGCGACAAACUUCUCAUUUCCUCUGUAUGUCAAUUGCCCCAACCUCACUCUUGGCAUGGUUGACUUGACAUUGCAUUAUGACAAGUCAAUGACACUCAUUUUGGAUACCAAACCUGUCCAGUCCCUACAAACGGAUACAGCAUCAACUCCCGGAGAAAUUCGAAUUCACGGAACACUGUCGUCAAAUGUCACUAGAAAAGGAAACCGUAUACUUUUGUGCACAUUAACAUUCAAGGCUGUGAGCCCUGGCAUUGCAAAGUUCAAUGUUUUCAUAACACGACUACUUUCACUCAAAUUAAAACAGCCAAUUAGCAGUCUUGAGGGUACGAAUUCGAUUGCUUCAGACGUUUCUAUGGUGAUCGGACCUAAACCGAUCUCGACUCCUCUGCCUUUGAACAGUGCAACCGGAUUUAUUUCCGACAGCAGCUCAAAGUUUGUCAUUGGCACCAUACCAUCAUUAGUAAUCCCAGAGGAUAUUAAAACUCCGUUUGUGUUGAUGGAGUUCAAGGUAACUCAGCCAAAAUGUUACUCCCAGUUCUUAAAUUUCUCCAUUUCCUCUGGAAACAGCAUUCCACCUACUUUCGAUAUUCAUCCCUCCACAGGGCAACUUUCAAUCAUCAGAAAUCUGGACUACCGACGUACAAACCUUUACAACCUCACCAUCGAUUAUUACGACACUUUCAUAUCCAAACUUGACAGCCAAGUACGCCUUGAAAGCAUAACUGUUCUGAAAGCAAAUAUUCCACCUCAAUUUCCUCAUGGUAACCUUUAUAAUUUGACAGUUUCAAAGUAUACCAUGGCUCCUCUUGUACUUCUCGAACUGAAUGCAACUGAUGAUGACGAUAUGGCAAGUCCAGACGGUUUCUUGAGCUACAAAAUUGUUUCUGGUGAUGAAAAUGGAAAGUUCGUAAUCAGUGCAACAUCUGGUGCUCUUUCCGUGGUGAAGAGUCUCAUUUCCGAAUCAGACAAUACAGUUUACCUUCUGGUUGUUGAAGUCAGGGACCAUGGCCUGUUUCCUAAUUCAGUGAAUGCGACCGUGACAAUUCGUGUGGUUGACGUACACAUGAUACUUUCUACACUGUCUGGGGUAAAGAGACUUAGCAUACAGAAAGGCUCUGCAGCAAGUGCUGGCAUGGUGUCAGUUGUAGCGUUAACUGCUAACUUGGUUUUCGCUGAUGGUCGAAUAGUGGAUUGCACAGUGCAGACUUCAACAAGAUUUUCUCUCAGUCCCCUUUCUAAUGUGCUAUCAAUAGUUAGGUCUCCUACAACUCUUGUUGUCAAGUCUCAGGAUGUUGUUGGUAAUUCCACUAUCAGAGUCAAUAGCGCAAAGUACUUUCUAGAAAAUUCUACAUUAUUCUCGGUAGUCAAGGCAACAUCUCUGUCUCUACGAAUCACCCCAUACCCUGAGUAUCCCGGUUCAACCAACGUUGAUGCAUCUAAUCUGGAUAUUAUUGGUAAUACUGGUGGUGAACAACAGCAAGGACGACUUUGGACAACAAUGUCGUUAAGUGACAACACAACACUGGACAUCUCGCAAAGCAGUAAUCUCCAAUACACCCUAACCAGUACACUAACCUCUCUUGCUAGAACUCGGAAGCCAUCAAAGAAAGAUUUUUAUAUCCUCAAUCGAAACCCAUCAUGUUCCUCCACCUCCAGAUGUGGUAUAGGCUCUUUGAACAUCUCAGUAACACUGAAAAGCAGCAAAUCUGAAGUUCCUCACAGUCCACUGACCGUUCAAUUUGCAAACGAUACUCUCUCAGUCUGUUCCAUAUUUAAUCACACGAUUGAACCCACUUUGUCUUCACUGCACACGGCAUCGCAAAUGCCUGGGGUCAAUGCUGUUGCUCUUAGAGGCUUGAACAAUAUGACUGCUGCAAUUGCAGAUUGUAGUGUGAUUUUGUCAGAUGGCACAAUUAUAUAUGACACCAAACAGAUAGGAAAUCUCACAGCUGCAGUGAAUAUCACCAGUGAAAAUGAGAACAUCGUAUUCAUCAACAAUCUUAAUGGGUAUACACUUCUAAGGAGAAACCAUCACAGUGCAGUCCGUGUGUCAUUUUCUUCCAGUCUGAAUGGGAUAACAGCUGUAUCACAACAUUCCUAUAUCUAUGCUAACCUUGAUCCAGAACGAGGUGAUGUAGACAUCGGUUCUCAGAAUGGCGUUCCAUUGCCAGCUGUCCAGAACGCGACAAACUUCUCAUUUCCUCUGUAUGUCAAUUGCCCCAAUCUCACUCUUGGCAUGGUUGACUUGACAUUGCAUUAUGACAAGUCAAUGACACUCAUUUUGGAUACCAAACCUGUCCAGUCCCUACAAACGGAUACAGCAUCAACUCCCGGAGAAAUCCGAAUUCACGGAACAUUGUCAUCAAAUGUCACUAGAAAAGGAAACCGUAUACUUUUGUGCACAUUGACAUUCAAAGCUGUGAGCCCUGGCAUUGCAAAGUUCAAUGUUUUCAUAACACGACUACUUUCACUCAAAUUAAAACAGCCAAUUAGCAGUCUUGAGGGUACGAAUUCGAUUGCUUCAGACGUUUCUAUGGUGAUCGGACCUAAACCGAUCUCGACUCCUCUGCCUUUGAACAGUGCAACCGGAUUUAUUUCCGACAGCAGCUCAAAGUUUGUCAUUGGCACCAUACCAUCAUUAGUAAUCCCAGAGGAUAUUAAAACUCCGUUUGUGUUGAUGGAGUUCAAGGUAACUCAGCCAAAAUGUUACUCCCAGUUCUUAAAUUUCUCCAUUUCCUCUGGAAACAGCAUUCCACCUACUUUCGAUAUUCAUCCCUCCACAGGGCAACUUUCAAUCAUCAGAAAUCUGGACUACCGACGUACAAACCUUUACAACCUCACCAUCGAUUAUUAUGACACUUUCAUAUCCAAACUUGCCAGCCAAGUGCGGCUUGAAAACAUAACUGUGCUGAAAGCAAAUGUUCCACCUCAAUUUCCUAAUGGUAACCUUUAUAAUUUGACAGUUUCAAAGUAUGCCAUGGCUCCUCUUGUGCUUCUCGAACUGAAUGCAACUGAUGAUGACGAUAUGGCAAGUCCAGACGGUUUCUUGAGCUACAAAAUUGUUUCUGGUGAUGAAAAUGGAAAGUUCGUAACCAGUGCAACAUCUGGUGCUCUUUCCGUGGUGAAGAGUCUCAUUUCCGAAUCUGACAAUACAGUUUACCUUCUGGUUGUUGAAGUAAAGGACCAUGGCCUGUUUCCUAAUUCAGUGAAUGCGACCGUGACAAUUCGUGUGGUUGACGUACACAUGAUACUUUCUACACUGUGUGGGGUAAAGAGACUUAGCAUACAGAAAGGCUCUGCAGCAAGUGCUGGCAUGGUGUCAGAUGUAGCGUUAACUGCUAACUUGGUUUUCGCUGAUGGUCGAAUAGUGGAUUGCACAGUGCAGACUUCAACAAGAUUUUCUCUCAGUCCCCUUUCUAAUGUGCUAUCAAUAGUUAGGUCGCCUACAACUCUUGUGGUCAGGUCUAUGGAUGUUGUUGGCAAUGCCACUGUCAGAGUCUAUAGCGCAAAGUACUUUCUAGAAAAUUCUAUAUUGUUCUCGGUGGUAGAGGCAACAUCUCUGUCUAUGCGAAUCACCCCAUACCCUGAGUAUCCCGGUUCAACCAACGUUGAUGCAUCUAAUCUGGAUAUUAUUGGUAAUACUGGUGGUGAACAACAGCAAGGACGACUUUGGACAACAAUGUCGUUUACUGAUCACACAGUAAGUGAUAUGUCGAUGAAUGGAAACCUGAAAUUGAUCCUCACCAACAACUCUCACCUGGCUAGUUUGGGGAGGCAUCUAUCCUCUGGUUAUUAUAUUAUUACUCCCAGUGGUACCGGCAUUGGAAAUGUCCUGAUCUCUGCAGCUCUGUCUGGCAAGGUCUCAGUUCAAACCCCGUUGUCGGUGAACAUCUCAAAAGAUGAAUUGGCGGUAUGCGCUUUGUUCGGCAUGACUGUCCGCACGGGUGGUCUCUCAGCCAAUGCUCUGGUUCGUGUCGAUGGGAGCACCGCUGAUUACAUACUUCGCAACACGACAGCUCACAGCCAUGCCAUUGCGCACGCGGAUGUGCACAUUAUACUUGAGGACGGCACUGUGUAUUACGAUGUCUUGAACUCGGCCGGUUUGAAAAAUGUAAUCAAUUUGACGAGCAGCGCGCCGACCAGCAUUUCCAUCAAUCGCAGCACCGGGCAUGUGACUUUACUGAGCAGCCAGCACUAUCCCAACCCUGUUGUAUUGCACGCCAGUGCCAAGUUUGGUGACAUCACCGCCCCUCCAGCGACCAUAAACCUGUAUCCAUAUAUUGGCCCGUUCCACAAUUCUUCUGCAUUGAGAAGUCUAAUGAGUAGAUUGCUGAUCCACUCUCAGGCAGAGAUGUCACAAAUUCUGCAUGGGCGAACCCCAAAUAUCAGCAUCAAUGUUUCGGAGGACGCAGCACAGCAAAGCAGAUUGUUCCAGUUGAACCAAUCGAAUUUCUACACCUGCAAUGUUCCAGACAUAUUCCAGUAUCAGAUUAUCGCUGGCAACCCUGGCUCUCACUUUAGCAUUGAUCAAAACACUGGUGUUCUUUCCUUAGCCAAACUUCUAGACCGAGAAACAGCCUCAGAGCUCAAACUGCUGGUGGCACCCAAAUACCGUGGUGCACUGUUGAUGCAAUCAGCCAUUGCAGUUCAGAUUGCCGUGACAGACGUGAAUGACCAGAGUCCUGCAUGCGUCCACAAGCAGACCAAGGCGUUUGUAGCGGGCGUCAAUAGUACAGGGAAUGCGGCAUCUCUUCCUGGCACGGCUCUCACUGUUCUUCUUGCUGAAGAUCAAGACGUCGUUGACGAAGGUAAACUCACCUAUUCCAUAACAGCCGGUGAUCCAAACAAGCAGUUUUCCAUUGACAAUCGAGGAGCUCUUCACACGGCGUCCUCACACAAUCUGUCCGGCGCACACGUCACCCAGCCACAGCAUCUAGUGGUACAGGUCACAGACACAGCCGACCACUAUACACUAUGCCUGGUUGACCUGGUCUAUUACUACAGCAGCCACCUGGUACUGGUACCUAUCAGCCACAAUGGCAGCAGCAGUGCAACAUUCAAUGCGACUGCCUUCGAAAUCCAGCUGUCCGCCGCGCUUAGCAGUGCACUCCACAAGGCGGUUUCGGUUCAUGUUCACCGUACGGUUUCAGACACCCGCACAUCACCACCACUGCGGCGUGCUGUAAUCUACGCCAUCGACUCCGCCAUGUCAACGGGCUACUCCACCGUGUUCUUUCAAGGCAGCCUGAUUGCCACUGCUCUUAAGAAUAUCUCCAGCGACAAGUCCCACCACCAUCUGGCAACCGGUCUGUUCCUAACUCCAGACGCUAUAGGCACAUUCAAGCCCGAAUUAUCAACUUCUGACGUGGGCAUGCAUGGAGAGAGUACACCGCCAGUCUCUGACCUGCAAGUUGGACUAAUUUCCGUCAUUUCUGUCCUCUGCGCAACCAUGAUGGUCAUGGUCGUGUACAUUCGCACCCUGCGAACAUCAAAGUCGAAAAAACGUCGAGUCCUAGGUAAGACUCACAGCACGCUGUCCAGUAGCUCACCGCCAACAGAAUACACCAUGUCCAUUGCAUCAUCAGUACACACAACCGUGUGUGAACAGGACUCUCCUUUGAAAAUGAACCCAUCUAGGCGAGCAAGCUUCGGCAUAGAUGAAGAUGUGCUGAUGGACAGCAAAGAGACAGGUGCGGAUAAUGCUAAGCCAGGAUAUGAAAACAGAGCAGCACUGCAAAGCGACAGCACUGCGAUGACCACUUCGGCCACGCUGAACUACAUGAAUGGGCGAAGUCAAUGCACAACUCUUUACGAUCAAAAUAUUUAUGCGGAAAACGUGGAGCAGACCAACAGGGCUAGUGCCGGUGCUGACCAGAUCUACACUCUUCCGGAGUAUGCUUUGGCCGCAGUGGCACAAGGCAAGGAUUCGAUUUCGCAUCCGGCUGCCGACCAUUAUCAACUGGAACCGAAUUGGGGUGCAGGUGUGCACGAAUACGAAGCGAGUGUCAGUUCAAAUCCAUUGAAGCAAUGCACUCGUAGUCCCAGUUUGAAUCUGUACGAAGCGGAUGAGAGCACAUUGCAGGAUUGUCCUGUCGACAGCAAUGAUGCACACCCUUCUUACUUGGCCUCACUGUCUAUAGUCAGCACGGCAGCCGCAACUGGUCAACCGGGCUCUGCCGAGAACGAUGACACGUACGGAAAUGACACUUAUGGCGCCGCCGAGAUCAAUGACACAUAUGGCUCCGCCACGAUCAAUGACACAUAUGGCUCCGCCGAGAUCAAUGACACGUACGGAAAUGACGCAUAUGGCGACCUGGAACCUCGCGCCGAUUAUCUCUAUGGAAACAACGACGAAGCUGACGAUGAUGUCUGUAAUAAUUAUAUGUGAGCAUCUAGGUCCAAAAGGUGGGAUUAUGGCAUUGCUCUACCCCAGCAGAUCACUCUGUAAAAAAACCUAGGUCCAAAAUCUUUAUCUUUGACAGAGGUCUGGGUGUUUCGAAUAAGAGUUAGUGAUUUAUACAACUCAACUUUCAAAUGCAUUUUUCUCAAUACUGCGCAAAAGGACAUAAGCGCCCUUUUUGCAUCUAGAGGCUCACAUUGUCACUACCAUCUAAAGCAACACACGGUCACCUGUGUAAUGUGAAACAGUCACCCGAUCAGUUUUCUCUGAUUAAACAUAGCCAUCAGUACGUGGGGAAAGCCCGCGACACCCCACGAUUCAACAUUGAACACGUAUGCGAAUGAGACAAACAUCCUGAGCCCUACCACCACAGUGGACGCAGCGUCAAAUGAUGGGUUUGACGAAAAAUGACACAGGAACUGUUUUAACUAGGUUGGACGGUUUAUUUCUUCAUUUUCUUUUUAGAAUUUUCUCCUUUAUUUACUUCUUUCGAAGGUUGUAUACCUAAAAUGUUGGUUCGUAGUGCACUGCCGCCACCCAACCUACUUGAAGUGGCCCUAUCUUUUUUUAUUGCAACACACCAGGUUUCAAACCCAUUCUUGUCAUUCACACAUUACAGUCAUGAUGUAUAUGUACACACGCACGCACGCACACACACACACACACACACACACACACACACACACACACACACACACACAGGCCCGCACAGUCCUCCCCUGGCCUUAGCUGAGCCACCCAGUAGCGGAGAAUUCAUGGGCACCCCACACAGAAGUACGCGGUAUUAUUAUUAAAGAAACUACGGUGUUACAAUUCGCUUCACCGUUUUUUCACGCAAUGGAAAUUAUACUCCAGAACAGAGUUCCUUGUAUAAUCGCCAAUUGCUCAUUACAGGUUCCACUCCAUCUAACAAUUUUGACUUAUCACCAGUUUUUAUGCAGUAUGUUAGCGCUGUGCACAUGUUAUCGCGAUGUUGCUUGAGAUCUUAGACUGCCAUGCACAUACUUUAUGUUUACUCAAUCUGCGUUCAAAUUUUAUGUUUUAUCUCUUCUCAUGAUCACACUAUCACUUCGCAGUUCCGCGAUGCUACUUCGAUA